AUGUCGAGUGCCGACGACCCAAGAGAUGCUAGUCUUGAAGUGAAACUGACCCUCCCGAAUACAUGGACUACCUCUGUGACAGGUAACAGCUUUUCUGUCUCGAGCAUGUUGCUGGCAGGUGCAGUCAUGGUAACUCGUAAUAGGCGCGUUCUGUUCCUUGCAUGGCCUGCUAUGCUGCUCGGCAUUAGCGGGUUCUUCAACCAGCACCCUCUUCGUUCAAAGGAGUCUGGGCCUUCAUGGCAGAGUCUUAUCUCGGGCGUAUCUGCUUUGAUUAUGUCGUACCUGCCCAUGGUCCUCGUUGCGAAGCCACCCAUGCAGGUGCCCCUGGAGCAGACGGCAUGAUGCUGCUGCGAUCCGGGGCACCUUUAUUUUAGUCUGCCGAGUCGAUAUUGUAUCUAAGUUAAUGUUCAUUAACGCCGUCCGUACUAUCCUGUAUACGGAGUGACUGCAGUUUGAAUAUACCGCACUUUCUUGCGGGAACCCCGUGUCUCGCGUGUUUGCC